AGAGUUGGAUGGACUAUUUGAAUCUAAUGUCAUCUUCUUCCAGGCUGAGCCAACUACCAGUAGAGCUGAGUGGUGAUGUGAGGUCUAUGGGAUCUAUAUCGUCCUCUGAUGACGAUAUAGAGAGUGUAGAAGUGGUGCGGGGAGAGGCGGAGCCGCAAGGACAGCCAAGCGCAUCCUCCGGUAGCAAGAAGCGCGCUAGAAAGCCGUCAACUAGUGCUCAUGCAGCUCCUAUGGUGGACGACUCGAGCAACGACACCAGCCAUCCCGAGGGGAAUCCUCCGAGGACCGCACGGCGAAGAAUCAUGUCUAGUGAUAAUCAUCACUGUAUAGCGACACUGCCAGACAGACUACCUCCGAUGAGGAGAUAUUCUAAGUUGAACAAAUCUAUCGCGUAUAGACCGGGCCAAGCUGCUGUAUAUCACCCAAUGUUGGAACGAAAAUUGAUACUAAAACCAUUUCAAGUUCACCCGUCUGAACUUCCCCCGGAUUUUGUGACGGACAUGUGGGAGAGGAGUUUGAAAGAAGCCGUGCGGGCGAGUUAUGGUCGUGAUGGUGACGGCAUCGAGGAGAUGAGAGGCAACAGGAGUCUUGAAGAGCGAUAUCGCAUUGUUGAUACUAUAUGUCGUAAUGGCCGUGAACUGGAGCUUUUCGAUCUCCUCAGGAGUGAGCUCAAGAAUGAUAUUUUUUCAAUUGUCAAGUCAAUUUCGGAAUGUAAAGUUGAUGAUUCUGCUACUAACGAGGCAGUGGAAUGCCUAAAACAGGUUCAAGACGUUUGGAAUCGACACAGAAAGGAUCUUGGGCUCGUACGGAAUAUCUUUUUACCUCUGGACAACUUCUUGGCGGCGACGGGAGGCAUGCUGGAGGGGGAGAAAGAUUCGUCACGCACGCGGAAGAAUUUGCCAGUUGGUUUGAGAGAAAUGGGUUUGGGAAUGCUGAAGAAAUAUAUGUGCUCCUGGGAAAAGAAGAAUAACGAGAGAUCUAUCAUAUCUCGUGCGUGUGAGUGCCUUCUGACCUGCAUACAGCAUAGCAGAUCUGUAUGUGUCGGAGAGGAUCCUUCCUGGGACCUGUACGGCGAUGUUAUCGUUAUGAUACGGUCGCUGGAUAUGUACAAGGAUAUGUUCGAGAGACCUUUUGAGGAGGCCACUAAGGAAUAUUAUGAAGACGAGUCGGCCUCGAAGAUCGAUACGUUAUCAACUGAAGGAUAUCUGGACUAUGUAGAGGGUGUAUGGGAGAAGGAGAGGUCCCUGCAUGAUGCCUGUAAACUCCACUCUCACACUUGGCAGGACACUGAUAGGAUCCUUAGGGAUCAGCUGUUGGUCAUGCACAGUGCGUCUCUGACUAGUACUGAACGCCUCCUAGAGCUGCUUGAUGCGAAACCUGAGCCCAAAACGGAGGCUGCUAAAACUCUAUUGCGAUUCUUAGAGGUCAGUGAGGAAUACGACAUGGUCCAUGUCACGUCGGAGGUGAAGUUGUCCUGGUCUCAAGCGAUACGUACAAUAGGUGAGGCUCUUAUGAAAAAAUACCUUGCCUUCAACACACUAGCUGAGGGAGUUGGCCUCAUUAAGGAGCUGCUCACUUUGAAGGAAAACUUGGACCUGAUACUUGCUGACACUUUCGUCGACCCCGACUUGGCGGUGUCCUUCCGAAUCGCUGUGAAGGAAGCUUUUGAGACCUUCAUGAAUAGCUGCGACCAAGUGAACAAGUGUGCUCAUCUGUUGGCGAAGUACUGUGAUGACUCCAUCGGCUCCUAUGUACGUAAUAUGAAGAGUAGUUUAACAGGGGAGGAAGUGGAGGCUAGGAUGGAUUCGGUUAUGACUCUUUUCCGGUUCAUAUCGGCGAAAGAUAUUUUCGAGGCGCACUACAAGAACGAUCUGGCCAAGAGGUUGCUCUCUGCUCACACUAUGAGGGGGCCUGACGAACCUCUAACUGAGAACUCUUCGUAUCGAGGACAUGAAUUGGAGAAGUCUAUGCUGCAGAAGCUGAGGACCGAAUGUGGAGGUGGGUUUACAUCGAAGCUUGAGGGGAUGUAUCGUGAUAUGGAUUUGAGCUGUGCGCUAAACAAGGAGUUCACUGAGAAGAGGAACCAACAACUGCAGGGUGAUGAUAGCCAAUCACCGCAGUUCGAGGCUAUGGUCCUGACAUCGGGAAUCUGGCCCACCUACACUCAUUCAGUUCCGACCCUCCCCGCCCCGAUAGCAUCGCUGCAGCAGAGCUUCACUCAGUUCUACAUCGGCAAACACUCGGGACGAACACUCACCUGGAUGCCGUCACUCGGAGGAGCAUUGGUCCGAUAUAACAUGCGCAGUACAGCUCGACCCGUCGUGAAGGACCUUGUGGUAUCAGCAGCCCAAGCAAUAGUGCUUACAUAUGUAUUCAAUGAUAGCAGCACUGCUACUGCUGCCAAGGUCUGUGAAGUUACUGGCUUGCCUGUGGAAGAGCUCCGGCGGAUCCUCUUCCCUAUGGUCUACCGAGUCCGGAUUCUUAACAGAUCAACAGGAGGACCCGAGGAUAAGCAAGUGGCUGCUUCUGAAUCAUAUACUCUCAAUAGGGAGUUACAGGAGAAGAAGAGGCGUAUCAUAGUACCACAGAUGGCCGUACGGGACGAAAAGGCGGAAGUGCGUGCCACUGAUAGCAGGGUUAACGAAGAUCGACAAUUCCUUCUGGACGCUGUAUUAGUCCGGAUCAUGAAAUCGAAGAAGACGUUGUCUCAUAACUCCCUUGUGGCAGAGACUCUCAAGGAAUGCAGUGCUACUUUCACUGCCGAGAUUGGUGAAGUUAAAAAACGCAUCGAGUCCCUCAUUGAGCGAGAGUACUUGGAAAGGGAUUUGUCGAGUCCCAGCACGUAUCAUUACCUCGCGUAG